AUGUGGCGAAUUGCAGCUAAACUCCUAUGGGCUUACGAGUUCGCUGAACCUAUAGACCCGGCUACAGGCCUGACAAUCCCGUUGGACACACACGCUUACAAUGCAGGAAUUUUACAGGCCCCCUUGCCGUAUAAGGUGCAGAUCAAACCGAGCAGCGAGCAGCAUGUUGCUACCAUCCGACGUGAGCUGAGCAGCGCUCUUGCUUUCUUGCAACCUUGGGAGUAG